GAGCUGGUCACGCAGGAUACCGAGGCGUGCUUCCAGUGCGUCUCUGGCAUUUGCCCCGCCGUGGCCGAGGGCGACGAGGAGUGCACGAUGGACGCCUGCGAGUGCGAGGACCCCUUCUGGCCCAAGCACGAGAUCAUGAUAGACGGCCAGCCCUGCUCGCAGUGCAUCCGGCCCCCGGUCGACUUCACCCUGCAGGGCGAUUCCGGCGAUGGCACUUGCCUCGCCCUGGCGCCGGGCCAGGAGCUCGAGGCCUCCGAGGAGAGCCUCCCCCUGGUCUCCACGCGGAACCAGUCGGCGUGCCUGCCGCUGCGCUACAACGGCGCGCGCAUCGUGGAGAAGCGGAGGGGCAAGAGCUGCCUCGCCUGGAGCUCCUCCGGCGCCCGCUGGGCCCUCGGCGCGUGCGACCGGAGCAACCACCUGAUGCGCUUCGGCCAGCGGCCGCCGCUCUCCGAGGCUGGCCCCAGGAGAGUCUGGAGGUGUACUGCACGGGUCACAACGCGUCGGAGUUCUGCGUGCAGGUGGAGGGCACCUUCUGCACCCAGGAGGCCGGCCGGUGCAGCACGGAGCAGUGCCGUUGCGAGGACCCGUCCUGGGUGCGCCACGAGCUCCAGACCACGGGCGGGCUCCCCUGCUUCGUCUCGGCGCCGCCGGCGACCUUCUGCGCCACGGCGGAGGCCGCCUGCACGCCAGGGCCGUGCGAGUGCGCCGACCCCGGGCACACCAGGCUGCCCGUGGUCGCGGACAGCGGGGCCGCCGAGGGCCCGCCCUGCUUCCGCUGCGCGCCCGGUCCCGGGGCGCAGGCGCCCUCGCUGGCCACUUUCCUGGUCUUCGUGGCCGUGGGCCUCGGCGGGGGUUGCGCGGUGCGCCGGCUGCGCGGGGACCUCGGCGCCCCCAGCGCCGGGGCCAGCGCGAAGGGCCGGCGCCGCGCAGCGGACGACCGCGGGCCGUGGUCGGAGCGCUUGGCAGAGGAGAGCUGGAGGACAUGCUCGAUGGCAUCUGCUGCUUCGUGGCGGAGACCCUGGCGGAGCUCACCCGCCUCGCGAAGCCCUGCGUUCGCCAGACCAGCCGGGCCCUGGGCAGCGCCGUCGACGCUUGCGACGCCGCCCUGGAUCCCUUCUACUCGCUCGUCGACACCGUGCAGGGGGCGGUGACUGGGUGGAGGUGCAGCACGAGCGACUGGUGCACGCGUCCGCGCGGCUCUGCGAGCUGCCGGCCCGGCUGCCGCAGCUCUUCGCCGCCCGCGACGGCGGGGAGCCCCGGCCCCAGGCGGCCACCAAGAGCGCCCGCCAGAGGCGCGCGCGUGGCCGCGGCGCGGAGGGGCAGCUGGGCGAGGCCGAGCUCCACGAGCGCGCGCGCGAUCUCUGGCUGCCGCCCGAGGUGCCCGGUUGGGACGAGGCAGCAACCAUUGCUGGGCACACUGGCGACGGCCUGGGCGGCUGCUGCCCGCAGUGCCGCAAGACGCCCAGCUUCUGCCCAACUUUUUUCUUUCCCCGAAACUUGCAGCUGCCCCCCAGCCUGUCGUUCUACCCCACGAGCCUCAACCCGCCCGCCGCACUGGCGUUGGCCAGAGCGGCCGCAGCCAGCCGCAUCACCAGACAAAGCGGGGCCCCGACCUGGAAAAGGCGCGGGGCCGCCGACGGCGCCCGAGGGGCCAGCGCCGUCGCCCCCGACCCCGCCGGGCGCCAGGAGCCAGCCGAGCCGGGGACCCUCGAGUGGGACCCCCUCGGCUUCGGCGGCGGCCCCGACACGGCGCCGGCCGCGGAGAGCGUCUCCGUCCCGGCCCAGUGUGGCCAGGCCGCGGGCCCCGUGCUGGCCGCCACGCCCGCGCAGUCCCGGAUGCGGCGCAAGCUGCAGCAGCGGCGCGAGGCGCAGCAGAGGAGCGGGGCGGCGGCCGCUCCGGCGGCGCUCAUGGAGGACAGCACGCCCGUGGACGAUUCCUGGAUCGACGAGCUCGAGCAAGACGAGGUCAAGGCUAAGGCGUCGGCGGCAAGGGCGCCGAGGGGGCUGAGGAAGAGGCGGAGUGCCGGCAGCAGGGACCCGCCUGCCACGCCCUCCAGCGCCGCUGGUGGAGCCGACGGCGCGGCGGCGAGGAGGGCCACGGAGGUGGAGACGCCCCCGACGGCGGAAGCGGCCGAGCUGGAGUGCCCGGCGGUGGAGGCCGGUCGCUCUGCUGGGGCACCGCCGCUCGACCGGUGCGGAGCCGAGGAGGGGGCCGGCGAGGAGGGCGGCCAGGGGGACGUCAUAGACACGGACCGGCUCCUCGGAGAGGUGGUGCACGACCUUUUCCUACUCCUCGGCCGCGUCGCCGACGUGCCGGCGGCAGGCCCGCCGGACACGUCGGCGGCGGUUAGCGAGAGGGUUGCCGAGGCGAGCGGCCAGACGAGGCCACCCGAGGGAAAUCGAAGGGCGCUUCGUGGCGAGGCCAGGGCGGCGCCUCCGGAGCCGCCGGCGGCUGCCGCCGAGGAGGAGGAGGAGGAGGAAGAGGAGGAGGAGGAGGAGGAGGAGGGCGACGACGAUGACGGCGAGGUGGAGGCGAACGCCGAGGAGGAGGAGAAGGAGGAGGAGGACGAGGAGGAGGAGGAGGAGGGGGACAUCGACAAGGCGGAGGCGGACCUCCACGGCGCGGAGGUCGAGGAGGAACAGGGCGAGGAGGAGGAGGAGGAGGAGGAGGAGGAGGAGGAGGAGCUGCAGGAGAAGGGCUCCAGAAGCUCCAGUCGGCAAGAAGCGGUCUCCUCGACGACGGAGCCGCCCGCGGAGGAGAGGGAGCAGGGGCUGCCCGAGAAGCUGGCUGGCUGGGAGGAGGCGGGGCGCGCCCGGGGCCGCAGGAAGGGCGCUGGCGCCUCGCAGGUGGAGGCGCCCCAGGUGCGGCCGCGCGCCAGCCAGGCCCUCGCCGCGCCGCCCGCCGUGGUGGCCAGGGCUGCCGCGGUGGCGCGGCCACCGCCGGAGGCUGCGCAGCAGCCGCGGCCGCAGCAGCCGCCCGCCAAGCGCCAGCAGCCGCAAGCACAGCAGGCGCAGCAGCAGCGGCCGCGGCAGCAGCAGCCGGAGGAGGCGGAGCGGCUGCCCACCAAGCCGCAGAUGCAGCCGCAGCAGCCGCCGCAGCAGCAGCAGCCGCAGCGGCAGCCAGGAGCGCGCCCUGCGCCGCGGCCGCCGCCAGAACCACGAGCGUGGAGCGCAGUGGUUGGCAGGCCGAGCGCGGCAGCGGGCGACCCCAGGUCCAGCUCCGCACAGGCCGCGGCACCCCUCGCCGCCACCCCGCCCGCGAGGCCUGCAGGCCAGCCGGUGGCGGGACUGCCUGGGGAGCCGGCGUGCGAGCGGGCCGCUGGCGGGGAGGCCGCGGCCGCGCCACCGAAGCCUCGUGCCUGGGCCGCGCUGUUCAAGAGGCACGAGCCCGAGGCCGAGGCCUCUCCCGGGGGGCCCGCGGCCCCGGGCGGCACCCUGGGCGGGGCAGAGGCGCCCGUGUUCGUGCCGCAGUCCAUGAAGCCGCGGCCCGCCGAGGCGGAUGGCAAGAGGGAGCCCAAGAGGAAGGGCGGCCGCGGCCGCGGAGGCCGCCAGCAGGGGCCCGAGGAUGGCCAGCUGGCCUUCAGCGAAAUGGUCACGACGGUCAGCGUUUCGAACAUAGCCCCCGAGAUGACGACCGAGGGCUUCGUGGCACAAAUGGAGUCCUGGGGAUUGGCUGGGACGUUCGACUUCCUCCAGCUGCGCUUCGACCAGGCCAUAGAGCUCGGCGCAGGCCUCGCCGUCGUCAAUUUCAUCGACGCCUCUUUCGUGCUCCUUUUCUGUUGGAUAUACCGCGAGUGCGGCAUGGCUGGAAUGAUUGGCCCCUCUGAUGUCCAGGGCUACGAGGCAAACUUGGCGCAGUGGACCGCCCACACGGGCAGCGAGAUGGCGGCCAGCGCGGGCUGCGAGCCUUAUCUCCACCCGAACGCGACGCCCUCGCAGGAGUGCGUGAACGUGGUCAACACGAUGUUGUCGCCGCAGUUCCGGGAGCAGUUCCAUAAGACAAAGUUGUGCGUCUUCCACCGGAAGAACACGUGCGAGAUGGGGGCGUCGUGCCCCUUCGCGCACUCACAGGACUUGGAGCUCCAGCCCGCGCCCGACCUGGUGAAGACCAAGCUGUGCUACAACUACUUCAAGCAGAAGUGCACGGACCCCAGGUGCAAGUUCGCCCACGGGGCCGCCGAGCUGCGCUCCGUCUGGGUGCCAUACAGCCCCGGCAACUGGUGCCUCGACACAGAGGGCAACGGGUCGGGCGCGGGAUACGCGCCGCUCGGCGAGGAGGGGGCCGAGGCCGACCAGAUGCCCAGCGGUAUCGUCGCAAUGAUGGGCCAGGGGGUCUCCAUGGCCGGCUGCGAGAUGCACGGCGGGUACGCGAUGCUCUUGAGCUCCCUCGGCGUGGAGCCCAAGUCGGCCCACCUGCACGAGCAGACGUCCUCCAGCGGGCGGGUCGACAGCGACGGCGAGGCCGACAGCUUCGGGCGGGCGACGUCUCAGGAGGAGGCCCCGACGUCAGCGGGCCGCGGCAGCGCCCGCUGGGCGGGCACCGCGGCCGCGGGCGGUUACCUGCUGCCAAGCGUUGCCCCGCUGCGGAUGCGAGGCACGUUCAUGGAGGUCGUCCCAGACCCGGUCGAGGGCGAGGGCCAUUCGCGGAAGCGCUGUUGGAGCGAGGGCGACUUGGAAGAGUUGCGGGCGGCGACGAUGGCCGAGGUGGACAUGUUGGACCCUUAG